CUCGAACACAGCUGAUUAAAAUCUUUAUGGUCAAAAGAAAUUAGCAAAUUAUGGUAAUUUGGUUCUGGGCUCCCAUUCGACUAAUAUUUCCUCUAAAACCUAUGUCAGUUAUGGUAUUACUUGAUGAAAAUAUUGUAUACGAAAAAUAUUCAUAUAUAGAAAAAAUACAUGUAUCUUAUCAAGCCUUGUAUUGCAUAGCACGCUUGAUUGACUUAUGUAAACAAACAUUACUUGGAAAAAACCAACUGACGUCAUUGAAUAUAUAUAAUCGAUGUGAAGCUAAAAUCAUGAUAAUAGUUUCACAUCGACAUAUAAGUCUGACCGGAUGGCAGCCCUGCAUACAACGUAUGCCAGAGAAAUUGUCACGAUUAGUAUGUCUAAAACAAAACGACAAAAAGGCACAAACGUAG